AUGCAAUGGGUAUUUGACCAUUGUCUUUCAAAACAGGACAGAUACUCGACUGCUCCGUUCCAUGUGAAUAUGGCUGUCAAGAAAAAAAUGACAUUAUUUAUAGUGCUUUUGAUGAAAAAAGAGCUCCCUGUGGGUGUCGAACCCACGGCCUUGCGGUUAAAAGCCGCACGCUCUACCACUGAGCUAAGGGAGCAUGUCUAUUCCUAA